CUACUUUGUUUGUACCUCUUCCCAAGAACACCCAUACCGCACGUCCAAGAUUCCUAGUACGUGUGACUAAGCAAUUAAGCUCUUCUCUAAGCUCAUUUUUCAUUAUUGUCGACAUGAAGAUCACCGUGCACUCGUCCAAGGCCGUCAAGCCCGACUACGGCGCAUGCGGCGUCGCUCCGGCCUGCACGAACGACGUCGUCCCGCUCACCGUGCUCGACAAGGCCAACUUCGACACGUACAUCUCGGUGAUCUACGCCUUCCACGCACCCGCGCCGCCCAACGCUGUCCUCGAGGCCGGGCUGGCCAGGGCGCUGGUGGACUACCGCGAGUGGGCCGGGCGGCUCGGCGUGGACCCCAACGGCGAACGCGCAAUCAUGCUCAACGACGCCGGCGCGCGGUUCGUGGAGGCGACGGCCGACGUGGCGCUCGACAGCGUCAUGCCGCUCAAGCCCACGCCGGAGGUGCUCAGCCUGCACCCCAGCGGCGACGACGGGCCCGAGGAGCUCAUGCUCAUCCAGGUCACGCGAUUCGCGUGCGGGUCACUUGUCGUCGGGUUCACCACGCAGCACAUCGUGUCCGACGGCCGCUCCACCGGCAACUUCUUCGUCGCGUGGAGCCAGGCCACCCGCGGCGCCGCCAUCGACCCCGUCCCGGUGCACGACCGCGCUUCCUUCUUCCAUCCCCGCGAACCGCUGCACGUCGAGUACGAGCACCGUGGCGUCGAGUUCAAGCCCUACAAGAAGGUGCACGACGACGUUGUCCAUGGUGACGGCGACGACGACGAAGACGAUGACGACGAGGUGGUGGUGAACAAGGUGCACUUCAGCCGGGAGUUCAUCUCCAGGCUCAAGGCGCAGGCGUCGGCUGGCGCGCCCAGGCCCUGCAGCACCCUGCAGUGCGUGGUGGCGCACCUUUGGCGGAGCAUGACGAAGGCGCGCGGGCUCGACGGCGGGGAGACCACGAGCGUCGCCAUCGCCGUGGACGGGAGAGCGCGGAUGAGCCCGCAGGUGCCAGACGGAUACACCGGCAACGUCAUCCUCUGGGCGCGGCCAACCACCACGGCGGGGGAGCUCGUGGCCAGACCAGUGAAGCACGCGGUGGAGCUCAUCAGCCGGGAGGUGGCCCGGAUCAACGACGGCUACUUCAAGUCCUUCAUCGACUUCGCCAGCUCCGGCGCGGUGGAGAAAGAGCGGCUGCUGGCGACGGCCGACGCGGCUGAGAUGGUGCCGAGCCCCAACAUCGAGGUGGACAGCUGGCUGCGGAUCCCGUUCUACGACAUGGACUUCGGCGGCGGCCGUCCGUUCUUCUUCAUGCCCAGCUACCUGCCGGUGGAGGGCCUGCUCAUCCUGCUGCCCUCCUUCUUGGGCGAUGGCAGCGUGGACGCCUACGUGCCACUCUUCAGCCGCGACAUGAACACCUUCAAGAACUGUUGCUACACCCUCGACUAGCUCCGCUUUGCACGUACCUGUCAUGCAUGUGCCAAUGUGUGCCUGAUGUUGGAUCCGUGUAUGUAUAGCUAGUUGCCUAGAUUAUUAUUUUUCAAGUUCUUGAUUCAAUUGUACAUGAUGUUUUGGGAUAGUACUCCCUCCGGUCCUUUUUAGUUCGCAUAUAAGUUUUAACUGAAGUCAAGCCUCGUAAAGUUUGACCAACUUUGUAGAAAAAAGU